AUGGCCCUGGGUUUGGUUUUUCUAGUCUGUGCCAUCAAUGGCGUAGGUGUGCUGGUCCGUAAGCUGGCUGGUUUGUGGACGUUAGGCUUUCUGCUGCAGUGUGGGCAAUCCUUGCUGCAACAGACAACAAAUACUGUAGAGGAGCCUCUUGAUCUCAUCCGACUCAGUCUAGAUGAGCGAAUCUAUGUCAAAAUGAGGAAUGACAGAGAGCUUAGAGGCAGACUGCAUGCAUAUGAUCAGCACUUAAAUAUGAUUUUGGGUGAUGUAGAAGAAACUGUAACUACAAUAGAGAUUGAUGAAGAAACCUAUGAGGAGAUUUAUAAAUCUACCAAAAGGAAUAUUCCGAUGCUCUUUGUCAGAGGUGACGGCGUUGUGCUUGUAGCUCCCCCGUUGAGGGUUGGUUGAAGCAACAAAGGAUUUAACCUUGUUGGAAGGUUUCAGGCUUUUGGACAAUGGUUCAUGUUUUGAUCAUGUGCAGAAUUUUGUGACACGUUUUUUACAGGAUGUUUUUGUCCUUUUGGGAAGGGGGAGGGAAGGGGAAGCAGUUUGCCUUGCAGAAAUUACAUGUAGUCAAUUGAAGCGGUGUAGACCCAACCUGAUUUUAUCAGAAUUAAUGUAACUGCUGUAAAUUGGCUGUAUUGUCAUGUCAGUAAAAGAAUCCUUCAUUUUUUUUUAAUCUUGGCAAUAGCACUGUCUGAAUUUUUUGUUUAAAUAAAUUUGAUUUAUCUUUCAGA